CAUGGUGCGCGUCACUUCCUGGUUCUCUCAGUGCGCGUCCGGGAGCCGGCGAGGCCGGGUCUGCGUGGCGGGAUGUUGGUGUUAGCAUUAGGGGACCUCCACAUCCCACACCGGUGCAGUGGUCUGCCGUUGGAGUUCAAGAAGCUGCUGGUUCCGGGGAAGAUUCAGCACAUCUUGUGUACAGGAAACCUCUGCACCAAGGAGAGCUAUGACUACCUCAGGACUCUGGCCGGGGACAUCCACGUGGUUAGGGGGGACUCUGAGAGCCUCAGUUAUCCCGAAGAGAAGGUUGUAACUGUUGAGCAGUUCAGAAUCGGGCUGAUUCAUGGCCAUCAAGUUAUUCCCUGGGGUGAUGCGGCCAGCCUGGCACUGCUGCAGAGGCAGUUGGAUGUGGACAUUCUCAUCUCAGGACACACGCACAGAUUUGAAGCAUUUGAACAUGAAAACAAAUUCUAUAUAAACCCUGGAUCAGCUACAGGAGCCUACAGCCCUCUGGAAAUGAACAACAUCCCUUCAUUUGUACUGAUGGAUAUCCAGGCUUCUACAGUUGUGGCUUAUGUAUACCAACUAAUUGAGGAGGAUGUGAAAGUAGAAAGAAUUGAGUUCAAGAAGUACUGAGUCGUGUUCAAAGCUGCUUGUUGACUUUUUGCUGCCUUUUGUUCCUUGUCAUUCCAGUCCAGGCUGAGUGGAGGCAGACCACAGGGGGGUGCUGCUGCUGCAGCAUGUUGGACUGUAAAGCAGCCACAAUGCUUUCUUGCUUGUGAGCUUGUAAAAAAACAUUAGUCUUAGUUCCCAACCAGACCUUGAAGCAGAAGCAACCGCUGAUGAAGAGAGAGGCCUGCGGGAACUAUCCUGUGUCUGAGGAGAAGCUGCUGUGUUCCUGGCCUAAGGGAGUCCAGGAGAGUGGUGGUACCUUGGCACUGAACCUCUUGGGCAAAGUGAAUGUAGACUAAUAAAUCCCUGCCUUCA